UGUAAUUCAGAAGAAAAUGACGUGCCAGGAAAUCCUCGCUUUGUUGUUUUGUUCCACAUGUUACUGGAUUUCGCCCACUCUCUGUGCAACCACAGAAGCUCCUUCUCCCUUAUGUGAAAGUGGAGAAAGCGACCUGUGCGUCCUGAUACCGGCCGAGCUGUGUCCAGUAGAAGUGAUAGCAGACCUCUGCCCCGUCUCAUGUGGAGAAUGCGGAGAUGUGGAUAGAUGUACCCUCCCCGAGCUACAGAUCUGCCAGGUGUUCACCAGUCCAGCGUUCUCAGCUUUGUGUAACGAGCCGUUGGUUGGCGAAACACUGUGCCCCACAGCUUGUGGAACCUGCGAUCCAGACACUACACCCGCACCAGGCCCAGGUGGAUCGUGUGACCUCACGUGUGGAGAUGACGAGAUUCCCGAUGAUACAACUUGUACCUGUGUCCCUGUCAACGCGAACUGUGCCGUUAGAGACCAGCCCUUCUGUCCAGUACUGGCCAACAACCCAGUAUACGCUGCCCUGUGUGACAACCCUCUCAUGGGUAUCCAGCUGUGCCCAGCUUCCUGUGGGCGUUGUGACAAAUGUUCGUCCGCCGACUUUUACAUAUGCCCCGUGAUAACUGCUGACCUCGACAGGUACUGUGCGUUCGAAGGAGUCAGAGAUCUGCUCUGUCCACAGACAUGCGGCCAGUGUGACACUGGCACUAGUACAACUGAUAGUCCGUGUGACGUCACAUGCGCGGACAAUGAGACGCUGAACUCGGACACGUGUACAUGUGAAGCAGCAGAGAAUCGAAUAUGCACCAUCCUCAUCGACAACAACCUGUGUGAGAUCCUGUCCCUCUACGCUAGCGCGUGUCCCGGAUGUUGAACAAGGUCAAGUAUGGACUUGCAAAGUGUCUAGCAAUGGCAGAAAUAAACAGUACUCCGCUA